AUGUUAAUUAUCGAUUCUGAACCAUACGAAGAUAAGUCAAAUGAUAAAACUGUUAACGGAUUCCGUAAGAAGGAUGUUGGUUUAUAUGCAAUGAACUAUGGUGGAUGUUAUGUUGCAUCUGUCGCAAUUUAUUCGUCUUAUACCCAAGUAUUACAAGCUUUUAUAGAGGCUGAAAAAUUCAAUGGUCCUGCUAUUGUUCUUGCUUAUUUACCAUACCAUAAUGAAUUUGAUAAUACUUUAUCAAUUUUAAAGGAAACUAAGCUUGCGGUAGACAGUGGAUACUGGCCAUUAUACAGAUACGACCCAACUAUUGAAGAUGAAUCAAAAUCCUUUAUAUUAGAUUCCUCUAACUUGAGAAAUCAAUUGAAGAAUUUCUUGGAUCGUGAAAAUAAAUUAACUUUAUUAGCGAAGAAAGAUCCUUUAUUGUCUAGAAACUUGACUAGUAAUGCCACUACUGAAAUUAAGGCUAAGCAACUCCAAGCUGCCAAUGAUUCAUAUAGUAAGUUGUUGCAAGGAUUAUCUGGUCCACCAUUAACUGUUGCUUUCGCGUCUGAUGGUGGUAAUGCAGAAGCAGUUGCUAAGAAGAUCAAUAGACAAGCCGUUGGAAGAGGAUUGAAAUCAAUUGUUUUAGCAAUGGAUGAUAUUUCAAUGGAAGAUUUGCCAAAUGAAACAAAUAUUGUAUUUAUUGCUUCAACUUCGGGACAGGGUGAGUUCCCAACUAACGGUAAGCAAUUCUGGGAUGGCUUAAAGAAUUCUAAUGAUAUCGACUUAUCAACCAUCAAAUUUUCCGUUUUUGGUUUAGGUGAUUCUGAAUACUGGCCAAGAAAAGAAGACAAACAUUAUUACAACAAGCCAAGUAAAGAUUUGUUCAAUAAGUUGAAGUUCUAUGGUGGUGUUGAAUUAAUCGAUAUAGGUUUAGGUGAUGAUCAGGAUGCAGAUGGAUUCAAUACUGGUUUAAAUGAGUGGGAACCAAAAUUAUGGAAAGCUUUAGGCGUCGAUAAUGUUGAAGGUGUUGAAGAGCCAAAGCCUUUGACUAACGAAGAUAUGAAAAUUCAGUCUGAUUACUUAAGAGGUACUAUCGUUGAAGGUUUGAACGAUCAAUCUACCGGAGCCAUAAGUGCUGUUGACCAACAAUUAACUAAGUUCCAUGGUAUUUAUAUGCAAGACGAUCGUGAUAUCAGAGAUGAUCGUAAGAGUAAAGGUAUGGAACCAGCAUAUGCCUUUAUGGUUAGAGUUAGAUUACCAGGUGGUAUUGCUACUCCAUCUCAAUACUUGAGAAUGGAUGAAUUAUCAAAUGAAAGAGGUAAUGGUACUUUGAAAUUGACCACUAGAGCUACCUUUCAACUUCACGGUGUUGUGAAGCAUGACUUGAAGCCAGCUAUUAGAGGUAUGAAUGCAGCAUUAAUGGACACUUUGGCGGCCUGUGGUGAUGUCAACAGAAAUGUCAUGGUUUCUGCUUUACCUCAUAAUGCAAAAGUUCAUUCUCAAGUUUCCGAAACUGGUUCAUUAAUAUCCGAGUAUUUAUUGCCUCAAACUACGGCUUAUCAUGAAAUUUGGUUACAAGGUGAAGAUGAAGGCGAUAAGGCUGAAGCAUCCAAGAACUGGGAAAACCGUAAAGAAGGACCAAAGAAAGAAAAGACUUUAGUAGCAGGUAAUGCAUUGACUGAUUUCGAACCUAUGUAUGGCCCAACUUAUUUACCAAGAAAGUUUAAGGUUGUUAUUACUGUUCCACCAUAUAAUGAUGUCGAUGUCUAUGCACAUGAUAUCGGUUUGAUUGCUAUCGUCGAGGGCGACGAAGUUAUUGGUUACAAUGUUUUAGCUGGUGGUGGUAUGGGUUCUACUCAUAAUAAUAAGAAGACUUACCCAAGAACUGGGUCUAUGUUUGGUUAUAUUGCAAAAGAUCAGAUUCACUUUGCAUGUGAAAAGAUUAUGUUAGUUCAAAGAGAUUUUGGUGAUAGAACAAAUAGAAAGCAUGCUAGGUUGAAGUAUACUAUUGAUGAUUUGGGUGUUGAGGUCUUCAAGGGUAAGGUGGAAGAGUUAUUAGGUUUCAAAUUUGAAAAACCUAAACCAUUUGAAAUAAAAUCCAAUGUCGAUUAUUUCGGAUGGUGUAAGGAUGAAACUGGUGCUAAUCAUUUUACAGCUUUCAUUGAAAAUGGUAGAAUUGAGGACACACCUGAAUUACCACAAAAGACCGGUUUGAGUAAAAUCGCAGAAUACUUGAUACAAAAUGAAAGGCCUGGUGAAUUUAGAUUGACAGGUAACCAACAUAUUUUGAUUUCUAACAUAAACGAUGAUGAUUUGGAUACUAUAAAAUCAUUGUUAGCUCAAUACAAAUUGGAUAACACAGACUUCUCUGGUUUAAGGUUGUCUUCUGCAGCGUGUGUUGCAUUCCCAACCUGUGGUUUAGCUAUGGCAGAAUCAGAACGUUAUUUACCUGAGUUAAUUUCAAAGUUAGAGGAAGCUUUAGAAGAUUAUGGUUUAAGACACGAUUCGGUUGUUAUGAGAAUGACCGGUUGUCCAAAUGGUUGUGCAAGACCAUGGGUUGCAGAAGUCGCAUUAGUCGGUAAAGCAUAUGGUGCCUAUAACUUAAUGUUGGGUGGUGGUCACCAUGGUGAAAGAUUAAAUAAGAUUUACAGAUAUUCCAUAAAGGAAGAUGAAAUUUUAGAUAUCCUUAAACCAUUGUUCAAGAGAUGGAGUUUAGAAAGAAAUGAAGGAGAACCAUUCGGUGAUUUCUGUAUUAGAAUUGGUAUUAUUAAGCCAACUACUGAAGGUAAAUUCUUCCAUGAUGAUAUUCCUGAAGAUGCUUAG